AUGGGAAGUCACUACUCGCUCAAGGAGAACAUCCUACUUGGUUAUGAAAAUGGCAAUGGAUUUUGGAAUGAGCUGGGUGCCUUGUUUGAACCCAACAAGCAAAUGUUUUCUCAAGGUAACAAUGAAGACAAUACUGGAGAAGAAUUAAAGGAAGAGAGGAAGGGUAAAAGGUGCAGGGAAGAGAAAUGCAACAGCACUACCAAAAUGCUGUCUAGAAAAGUUAUCUCCCAAUACUUUUACAUGCCUAUAACUCAAGCGGCAAAAGAGCUUAACGUUGGGUUAACACUAUUGAAGAAAAAGUGUAGGGAACUGGGAAUCCGUAGGUAGCCUCACCGCAAGCUUAUGAGUCUCCAAACUCUUAUCAAGAACGUUCAGGAGUUGCAGAAGGAGGAAGGAGAGGAAAGUGAAGGGAAACUGAGGGAAGCGUUGGAGGUUUUGGAAAGGGAGAAGAAGUUGUUGGAAGAGAUGCCUGACUUGAAAUUGGAAGGCAAAACCAAAAGACUUAGACAAGCCUGUUUCAAGGCAAAUUACAAGAAGAGAAAGAUGAUGAUGAUGAUGAUGGAGUCACAAUCGUCUUCUGGCGUUAGCCGCCUAGUAAGUUCGGGUUUAAGUAGAGCUUAUGACAUGGAAAAUGAAGAAGAAGAUGAUGAAGAAAUGAAUUCUCUUUUGUCCGACUCCUUUUAA